GAGACUCGCGGCACGAUGGGAGUGACUAACUCAAGCGAUACCAGCUCGACAGUUGGGGAAUUCGUGAGUGACAUCCUCCUGGUGCCAGAGAAGUGUAAAUUCUUCCAUAAGGAGCAUAUGGAUAUGUGCGUGAGUCAUCAGCAGUGGCACGGUGUGGCCAAAGAGACCUGCUCUAAGGGGAACAUGGUCCUGCACAGCUACGGCAUGCUGCUGCCCUGUGGCAUCGAUAAGUUCCACGGCACUGACUACGUCUGCUGCCCAUCUACUCCUGUUUCACCUUCUAUAGAGCUAGAUGAUGAGGAUGAAGACGAGGACGAGGAGGUGGAGGAGCCUGUCGUUGAGGAUGAGGAUGAAGAAGCAGUAGAGGAGAGUGAUUCUGUUGCCAACGAGCCGCCCACUCCAGAGGACACAGCUGAAGAGGAGGAGCAGGAGGACGACGGAGAUGAGGAGGACUACCACUACAUGUACGAAGAUGAAGAGGACGACCGAGACAGUGAGGAAAAGGAUGUGAAGAAAGAGAAAGCUGACAUCCCUGAAAGCCAGGAUGGUGACACAACUCUGCAGGAACUGGAAGAUGUGUGUUCUCUGGAGGCAGAGACCGGCCCCUGCCGCGCCUCUAAGCCUCGCUGGCACUUCGACAUGCAGCAGAGGAAGUGUGUGCGCUUCAUCUACGGAGGCUGUGCCGGCAACCGCAACAAUUUCGACUCCGAGGAGUACUGCAUGGCCGUGUGUAAACGUUUGACCAUGCCGCCCACCCCUCAACCCACAGAUGACGUGGAUGUGUACUUCGAGACCCCAGCUGAUGAUAGAGAGCACAGCCGUUUCCAGAAAGCCAAGGAGCAACUUGAGAUCAGACACCGCAACCGCAUGGAGAGGGUGAGGAAGGAGUGGGAGGAGGCAGAGAGCCAGGCCAGGAACCUGCCCAAAUCUGAGAGACAGACUCUGAUCCAGCACUUCCAGGCUAUGGUGGAGUCCUUGGAGGAGGAGGCAGCCAGUGAGAAACAGCAGCUGGUGGAGACUCAUCUUGCCCGGGUGGAGGCCAUGCUGAACGAUCGCCGCCGUCUUGCCCUGGAGAACUACCUAGCCGCUCUGCAGGCUGAUCCACCAAGGCCCCACCGUAUCCUGCAGGCUCUGAAGAGGUAUGUGCGUGCCGAGAAUAAGGAUCGUCAGCACACCAUCCGCCACUACCAGCACGUCCUGGCCGUGGACCCUGAGAAGGCCGCCCAGAUGAAGUCCCAAGUGAUGACCCACCUGCGGGUGAUUGAGGAGAGGAUGAACCAGAGCCUGUCUCUGCUCUAUAAGGUGCCCUACGUCGCAGAGGAGAUCCAGGAUGAGAUCGAUGAACUUCUGCAGGAUCAAAAGGCAGAUAUGGACCAGUUCCUGUCCUCCAUCUCUGAAUUUCAGCCUGAUGUUACUGUGUCCUCUGAGGAGAGCGUGGAGGUUCCUGCCUUUGAAGCAAAGCCUUUCCGCCCCUUCCAUGUCAACUCUCUGGGCUCCCCUGCUGAACCUGAGGGCGAUCUCUCUGAACCCCCUCGUGCCUUCAAGAAAGACACUCCCUCAGAUGGAGAGACCAAACAUCCCAUCCCUCUAUGUCUGGCUGCAAGAGCUUUGCCUAUUGAAAAGUCCAAGCAGCUUGUUAAGCUAAUUAGUCAUUUGAAUGGGAGAGCGAGUCCAAUGUAA